ACUGCCAUGAAUUUUUUAAAUGAAAGUUUUUACCAGAAUAUCUCCAUUGUUCAUCCUCAGUACUUUUUCAUCAUUGGACUUUCCGGUACACCUUACAGUGGUUAUUUCUACAUUUUCUUAUUUAUCACAUAUUUCAUUACUUUAUUUGGGAACUCUGUAGUCCUUCUCAUUAUAGCUGUUGACCGGAGUCUGCACAGUCCAAAGUACAUUGGUGUGUUUAACUUGGCCUUGGCUGAUAUUGGUGAAACUAAUGCACUGAUUCCUAACAUGAUGAAGACUUUUCUGUUUGACUCACAGUACAUCUCCUACAAUGCUUGUUUGGCAAAUAUGUUUUUUGUGUUCCUCUUUAGCUCCAUACAAAGCUUUGCGCUUCUUGUUCUGGCAUUUGAUCGCUUUGUUGCAAUUUGCUUGCCAUUGAGAUAUCAUGCUCUUGUGAAUAAUACCACUAUGCUUUUAGCUUUUGCAGCAGUUUGGGCAUUUAAUUCCUUUGUGGUGGCCUUGAUGGUGUCUUUGAUCACCCGGCUUUCCUUCUGUCAGUCUAAUAUGAUACAGAGUUAUUUUUGUGAUCAUGGACCAGUGUAUAGGAUAGCAUGUAAUGACUUUAGUGUAAAUAAGUUUAUGGCUUUUCUCAUAACUGCUUUAUACCUUGUAAUACCAUUGUUUCUUAUAGUCCUGUCAUAUCUAGGCAUUUUUCUUGCUUUAACCAAAAUUACGACUUGGGAAGGACGUUUAAAGGCAUUGAAGACCUGUGUAUCUCAUCUGUUGUUAGUAGGAACAUUAUUCCUCCCUCUGUUUUGCACAUACUUUGCACAGCUCUUGCUUUCUCUCAGUCCCAAUGCACGUGUCAUCUGCACAUCACUGGCAUAUACUAUUCCACCGAUGCUAAAUCCCAUCAUUUAUGUUUUAAACACUGCUGAAAUCAAAGACAUAAUUCGGAAAGUGUUUAAAAACAAACCUGUGGCAGUUGAGAGUAUUUCAAAAUGA